CCCAAGUGCCAUACGGCCUCGGGAUUGUCGUCACGGCAUCCCCUUGGGAAUCCUGAAUCCGCACCUGCUUUCAGCUGUUGCUUCCUCUUCCUGUCAAUCUUGGCCUGGGUCUCGUUGGUGGAUUUCCAUGGAACAAUCUCCCGGAGUUUAGCCUGGAGGAGGGGAUCUGUUGUCAUCUAAGGAAAUUAUUUCCCAGCCACUUGACGACGUUUCACGGAUUUAGUUCGUAAGCAGUUCGUCGUCGGACAUCGUUGCUAAUCUGCAGUAAAAUGCCAGACGACGAGUCGAAAUCCGCGUCUAUUCUACUGAGUGAUGGUGAAAACGAAACGGUCAGCGACAAUGACUGCGAAAGCAGUAGCGACAGUGAGAGCGACAGCGACAGCGACAGCUGCUGGGAAGUGGACGAUGCCGAGAUGUUGUCAGACAGCGACUCUGAAUCGAAAACGUGCUCGAAAAGCAAAAACUCGAAGGCUGCUAGCUCCAAGAGUCUAAGGAAGAAGACCACUGAUGAUACGACUGAUGAUACAUGCUCUUCUGUUUCAAGCGUCUAUGACAAAUCCUUAUCGUUUAUUCGGGCGGGAGAUUGGAGCAAACUGACCGUUGAGCUCUGCAAGGCUUACCUGAAACAUCAUUCCCUCAGGAUGAGCGGUCUAAAAGUAGACCUGAUCGGUCGCAUUCAGGAGCAUGUGGAGAUCAAGGACGUCACGUCAGCCAUGCGCAAGUACCCACCUGCUUCCUUCUCUAUUAACUGUACAGGGGAUGUUUGCCGCAAAGAUGUCGUUCUUUUCAGGCAGCGAAUAUUCAAAGGGCACAGCAAGAAGUCGAAGUGUAUAGGGUGUCGAAUGGUGGCAGGGAGAGUGGUCAUGGAGAGCUAUGGUGAAAAGAAGCAACAGCACACCUUCACUGUGGAGGUGAUUUGGAGCACUGGCCUACAGGCGCUACCUCCUAUGAAGCAGCUUCUUGUGAAGGGGAGAUAUCUGUACAAACACAGAACGUUUCGGCAGAGAUGGACCAAUGAGGCAGAGCGAGUGGCUGUCAUUGGAGAGAAGCACGCACGAGGAGACAAGGCUCGCAGCGUUCGUCGAAAGCGGCUGGGGAUAAGAACACCCACGAGACGCUUCCCAGGAAGGCCAGGUCAUCCCAGCAACAAUUUCAACCACGUCGGCAGCAGGAGAGCAGAGUAUCUGCCGUGUGCCACCAGGGUCCCGCCAGGGAAGGUGGUAUCUGGAGCAGGCGUUCUUGGCGGAUAUCCUUCCUUCGGUGGCGCUGGAAGUGCAGUUAACGGUAGGGUUGGAAGAAUAGCCGAGGGAGAAGCAGCAGCAGAGGCGAUGCAGAGGCUGGAGGUGCGUGCAGACGGAGAGAAAAGGGAAGUGCGUGCAGCAGUUGCAGCUGGUCAGAUAAGGGCAGGAGUUGGGAAGAGCGUCUACCAUGUGAAUAGCGCGAAUCAUGAGCAGGGGAAGAGGAGAGACACAGUGAGCCAGCCUCCUUCCAGGUCUCAGUUUCCCUUGGGUAACCUGCCCGUCAAUAUGAGUGCGGUCAGGUGCGAGUCGAGGAGCAAUGACAUGGACAGAAAGGGUCAUGAGAGCGGAAGGGAAUCCGGCGGAGUGGCAAGAAACGGCAGUUAUGUGCAGCCUGCUGUGGCUGGUCGGAACUCAGUGGAAGACAAAGAGUACCGAUGCUCCAAGCAUGCGACCUGCACGUCAUUUGAUCACCGCCACCACCCCCAUCAGCAGCAGCAGCAUUCCCAGCAGGAACAUGUGACUCAUCCGCCUCAACAUGCGGACAUGGCAAAGGGAAAGUACGCUACUGCCAGCCCACAGGUCAACAGGCACGUUGAGAUGAAGAGGGCGUAUCAGCUGGGAAGGAGCAUGUGGGGUGAGAGCAGAGCCCCUGCUGUCCGUGAGCAUGAUCGCUGGCAGCUGCAACACCAGCAGGUGCCUCACCAGCAGCCGCAUCAUCAGCAACCGCAUCACCAGCAGGCGCAUCACCAGCAGCAGCAGCAGUAUCAACUGCAGAAGGAACAUCACCUGCAGUGUCAGUAUCAACCGCAGCAGGUGCUUCAUCAGCAGCAGCAGUCUCAACCGCAGCAGGAACAUCACCAGCAACAGCACUAUCAGCAGCAACAGUAUUACUGGCAGCAACAAAACCUGCAGCGCUUGCAGUCUCAGCAGCAUCAAUCGUAUCAGCAGCAACAGCCUUACCAGCAGCACCAGCAGUCCCAGCAUCAGCAGCAGCAUCACCACCAGCAGCACCAGCACCAGCAGCCGCAGCAGCAGUGGUACCAGCAGCAACAGCAUUGGUCAUCUUCAGCAGCUGUGACAACAUCGAGCACGCUGCAGCUGCAUGCUGCUGGAACCGUGUCACAGGCUACUACCACCGUGCCACAUGCUACUGCUCCCUUGCCACCAGCUACUGCAGGCAUGCCACAUGCAGCCUCAGCCAUGUCGCGUGCUACUGUAGCCAUGCCAGCAGCUUCUGUGGCUUUGGCUGUUGUGGGCCAGCAGCAGCAUCAGUGGCAAUGGGUACCAAGUCAGCUGAUGCUGCUGCAAAGGAAUCAGCAGGAAUGGAUUCGGCAGCACAUGCAGCAGCAGCAGCAGCAGCAAGCAAUGAGUUACAUGCGGUAAACGGAAGUAAGGAAUUGCUCACAUGCCUUGCCUGCAAAUGCUGACAACGGGUUUCCUUCACAUAUGCUAGAAAAGGUAGCAGCUUUUUGCAUUGGUCAGUUUGCAUACCCAUUUACGAACCCAUUUUCUUUUCUCUCCCUCUCGUCCCCUCUUCUCACGUAUCCACAACCCGGCAUUGCCUUCUCCACCUUUUUUUGCGUGACAUGUUACAUUCUGUACGGAUAAUCAUAUAGUAGAAGUGGGGAGCAGGCAUGACCGUAAACAUUUCAUUGAGCAUGUACAUGGAGGCAAUGCAUAGUAACUGCUUUUGUAAUUUAGGGCAUCAUGUACAUCGCGAGAUAAUGUUGUGUCAACUUAUACAUAUGUUUUAUGUAUAAGUUAUAGGUUAGAUAGGGUUAUGUUCUUAGUGUUAAAUUAUAUAUG